AGAUAAGUGGAUGGAUGAAUGGAUUGAUUGAUGAAUGGAUGGUAGCUCUCAAUAUAAGCACUCUGCAUUAUCAUUACAGACUAAUUAAAGUGCCUCCUCCUUCAGGAAGUCUUCCCAGAUUUUCUAGUUGGAGGGCUGCUCUCCUCCUCUGUGAUCUCAUGGCCCAGGGUCUGUCCCUUCUCAGAGAUCCUGGUUUCUCUUUUCUAGAGGAUUUUAGUAUCUGUGCUUUCUCUAUUCUCUGGCACAUGAUCUAUUUAGAAACAGAAGUCACGUCCCCCUUGUUUUUUCUGCCUGCAAGAGAACUGGUUGCAGAGUAGGUGCUCAGGGAACAUUUGGUGAAAAAUCCCCCAGAAUCUUACAGUCUGAGCUGUAUCAGCCUCUUGGACCUCCAGAGAGUUAGGACAUUUAGAAUUCAGAAUCCUGGAGGAAAUCCUGAAUCUGAAAAUCUCCUAAAGUCCAGAACCUUGUGGAAUUUUGAGACUAUAUAGACUCAGCACCUAUCCCUGGGCCUGGCACCUAGGAUAUGCCAGUAAAUAUUUAUGAUGUGGAUAACGGGACGGGGGAUGUAUGUAUGUGUGUAUGGGUGGGUAAAUGGAUGGGUGGAUGGCUCAGUAGAUGGAUGGGUGGUUGAAUGGAUGGGUGGAACAUCAUAAAUCCAGUUAGCUCAACUCACUCCUAUAGCUUCCCCCUCCAUAAAUUGGGGGACUGCUCUGGGUCCCCUGUCCCAUCAAGGCUCCCUUUGGUCCUUUCUCGGAGAAUAACAGAUCCCCAGAGGCUGGGCCAUGCGUGGAGAGGUCCUCCCUGAGAAGGCAAUAUUUGUUGAAAAACCCAAAGCAGGAUUAUAAGAAGUUCUGGACUGGCCUCCAGGGCCUCACUCUCUAUUUCUACAAUAGCAAUCGGGACUCCCAGUACAUGGAGAAGCUAGACCUUGGAACAUUUGUGAAACUCACAGAUGAAGCUCCCUGGGGGACAUCCCAUGAACCUGGCACCCGUUUCAACUUGGUCCUCCGGAACCAGGAGAUCAAGUUCAAGGUAGACAGCCUGGAGUCUCGGGAGAUGUGGAAGGGCUUCAUCCUGACGGUGGUGGAGCUCCGUGUUCCAUUCAACUUGAUCCUGCUACCUGGACACCUGUACAUGAUGGCUGAGGCCCUGGCCAAAGAGGAGGUGCGCCGCUCCCUCGUAAUUCCCUCGUGCUUCCUGAAGGUGAGCCGGCUGGAGGCGCAACUGCUCCUGGAACGCUACCCAGAAUGCGGGAACUUGCUGCUGCGGCCCAGCGGGGACGGCGCGGGCGGUGUGUCGGUCACCACGCGCCAGACGCUCAACGGAACGCCGGUGAUUCGGCACUACAAGGUGAAGCGCGAGGGUCCUACGUACGUGAUCGACGUGGAGGAGCCGUUCUCCUGCGCCUCACUCGACGCAGUGGUCAACUAUUUCGUGUCGCACACCAAGAAGGCUCUGGUGCCCUUCCUACUGGACGAGGACUAUGAGAAGGUGCUAGGCUACGUGGAAGCGGAUAAAGAGAACGGAGAGAAUUUGUGGGCGAUACCCUCGGUCCCUGCUGUCCCCAGCCCAGGUCCCAUACAUGCUGGUGGCCCCAGGCAGCCAUCUCCCACAUCCAUCAUACCUGUGUCCAGCCAGGACAAGCUGCCCCCGCUACCAAACCCGGAUGAGAACUACGUGACUCCCAUUGGAGAUGCCCCAGAUGCUGACUACGUGAAUGGGGACGUGCCUUCCACCGGUCGGCUGAUAGUCCUGAAGCCCAAGAAGUGUCCCGCAGCCCCAAAGGUUCAGGCAAAGCCUCCAAAGCCACCCACUGCGCCCAAGCCAGAGCCCAGAGGCCUUCCUGGUGGCCUGGCCAAGAAGCUGGCUGUCAGCUCAGCACAGGCUUUCUUCCCCACAACAGGGUUGGCCGAUGUCACAGCAGAGCUGGAAGAGAAACUACAGAAGCGGCGGGCACUGGAACAUUCAGCUGGGCUCGCUGAAGAUCAGCGGGCCAAUCUCAGAGCAUGGCACAUCAGUCAGGCGAAUCCCUCCUCCCAGAAUUAAAACUCAAGUGACCCCAGA